AUGCCCGCGCCGGCGCCGGAGUCGGAGCCGGCCACCGUCAGCACGUGCGGCCACGGCAUCUCGCGCGCCGACGCAACCGCCGGGAACCUGCGCGGCCGGGUAGCCGAAGAGAAGGGCGAGAAGGAGUGGGAGCGGAAGAGAAGGGCGGCGGCGUCGGAGGGGCGAUAUGGGGCGAGCGCCGCUGGGAGGGGUGGGACGGACGCCAUGGGCAAGUCGGCAAGUGGAGGUUUAUGA